AACGGUGCAGCGGUUCGGUGGAGACGAACAGUGUCUCGCUCUGGAAAUGUGCGUUCUCGUGCGGUCUCGAUGUGCGGUCUCCGCCCCGUUUGCGUUCUCACUCUAGCCCUGGAGGUGUUUGAGUAGUGGAGUUGUGGGUCUCCCCCACAUCGGGCGUUCUCAACCUCGGGUAGGUUUCACACCGUCACAACCGAACCGGUGAUUGUUACGGAUAAAAUGCCUGAACUGGCUUUCAUAAUUCGAAUAAAAUGGCGGCGAUCUCCGAACAACCACUCUACAGUGCUUCUGCAAAUGUUGUGAGGAGUCGCCAUCAUGUCGGAUCGGGGGGUGGGGGUGAGAUGGCUUGUGGUGAUGUGGGGCCUGUGGUGGGGUAUAGAGGGGGUAGGUUCACAGCGUCCCACUGGCCUCAACAAGCGUCACGACGUCUACAUAGCCGGCUUCUUUCCGUUCGGACGUCACGUGCCGGAGUCAAGCACGGGUCGCGGCGUCAUGCCUGCUGUCAAGUUGGCGGUCGAUCAUAUCAACGAGAGUCCUGCUGUGCUAAGGAACUAUCGGCUGCAUAUGUGGUGGAACGAUACUGAGUGUAACGCUGCCGUGGGAGUGAAAGCUUUCUUCGAUAUGAUGCAUGACGGGCCUCACAAGGUGAUGCUUUUUGGAGCCUCCUGCACUCAAGUGACUGAUCCUAUUGCUAAGGCCUCCAAGCAUUGGCGGCUUACACAGCUUUCUUAUGCAGAUACGCACCCGAUGUUCACGCCUCUGCAGUUCCCCAACUUCUUCCGCGUGGUUCCCAGUGAGAAUGCUUUCAAUCUUCCGCGCCUCAAGCUCAUGACCUACUUUAACUGGACUCGGGUUGGCACCAUCUACCAGAACGAGCCGAGAUACUCAUUGGCUCACAAUCGCUUAGUAGCUGACCUGGAUCAAUUUGAUUUCUCCGUUGUGGAGUCGCAAAGUUUUGCCAACGAAGUGAAAACGGCCAUCAAAAAGCUCAAAGACAAAGAUGUCCGCAUCAUACUCGGCAACUUCAACGAGUCCUGGGCCAGGCACAUUUUCUGCGAGGCUCAUAACCAAGGCAUGGUGGGUCGAAAGUACCAGUGGCUGAUUAUGGGAACUUAUGGCGAAAAGUGGUGGAGCGAGGAAGCUCCCUGUGACACCACAGAGCUGACCGCUGCGCUGGAAGGGUGCAUACUCACAGAUCUGCUCCCAUUGGCGACCACUGGUGACGUCACCGUCUCGGGCUUUACGGCAGAGGAGUACCAAGUGGAGUACGACUCGAGGAGAGGCCAGGAGUACUCCAGGUUCCACGGUUACACUUACGACGGCAUCUGGGCUGUGGCCCUGGCCAUCCAGCAUGUGGCGCAUAGGAUCAGACACUUCCAUAAAAACCAAACCGUUGUCGACUUCCAGUACCGCAGUCCGCUCUGGGAGAGACUGUUCCUUGAGGCGUUACGUAAUACUAGCUUUGAGGGUGUCACGGGUCCAGUCCGCUUUUACGAGAAUGAAAGAAAAGCUAGUAUCAUGCUCAAACAAUUUCUGAAUGGAGCCGAGGUGAAAAUCGGCGAAUUCAAUGGCGUAACUCGGAAGCUGGACUUGACCCGUGGCCAGGGCAUCCGUUGGAAGGACGGUCGCGGACCACCUAAGGACCGGACGUUGCAACAGGAGGUGCAGAGUCAUGUCAACAUCGCCAUCUACAGUCUGCUAGCGGCCACCGCUUCACUCGGCAUCAUCAUGGCCGCCGUCUUCCUAGCUAUCAACAUCAAGUACCGAAAUCAGAGGUACAUCAAGAUGUCCAGUCCACACCUGAACAAUCUAAUCAUAAUAGGAUGUAUGCUGACAUACAGCAGUGUGAUAUUCCUGGGACUGGAUUCGUCCCUGACCAGUGUAGCCGCUUUUCCCUACAUCUGCACGGCGAGGGCGUGGCUUCUGAUGGCCGGCUUCUCUCUGGCAUUUGGUGCCAUGUUCUCGAAGACGUGGCGUGUUCAUUCCAUAUUUACUGAUGUUAAGCUUAAUAAAAAGGUGAUAAAAGAUUAUCAAUUAUUCAUGGUGGUUGGAGUGCUUCUAGCCAUUGAUCUUGGUAUAAUGACGACGUGGCAAGUUACAGACCCAUUCUACCGAGAUACUAAGCAAAUGGAGCCAUAUCCACACCCCCAUAGUGAAGAUAUCAUAAUAAUACCGAAAAAUGAAUACUGCCAGAGUAAUCGUAUGACAAUCUUUGUGGGCUCGAUAUACGCUUAUAAAGGUUUAUUAAUGAUAUUCGGAGCAUUCCUUGCGUGGGAAACGCGUCACGUGAGCAUUCCCGCCCUGAAUGACUCCAAGUACGUGGGCAUGAGUGUGUACAACGUGGUGCUGAUGUGCAUCAUGGGUGCAGCCAUCUCAUUCGUCCUCUCCGACCAGCAAGAUGCCUCUUUCAUAAUUAUUUCCAUAUUUAUAUUGUUUUGCACCACCGCAACUCUGUGUUUAGUAUUUGUGCCAAAGAUCGUCGAACUUCGGAGAAAUCCGCAAGGACAGAUUGACAAGCGGAUUCGCGCGACACUGCGACCAAUGUCGAAGACGCGUCGCGACUCUUCCGAGCUGGAAGAACAGCUGCGAGACGCCAAGAACACGAACCAGCGAUGUCGCAAGAUGCUGCUCGAGCGGGACGCCGAACUGCAAGCCUUGCUCAGGCGCCUGGGCUCCGAGGAGAGACUCGACAAGCUUACGGCGCCGCCACCGCAUCAGGAUGUCGUUCAACUCAGGAAGGAGCCUCCGUCUCAGACUGAAACAACAGAUGUGACGUCACUGUGUUCACUCAACUCCAACUCCCAGGAGGGCGAAUACGUCAACUUGCAGACCAUGGAUGGACCACCUCCCUCCAAGAAGAAAACGAGCUUCGCGGGCUCUAAACAGCAGCAUGCGUCUCAGUUGGCAAUGGAUGAUGGCAUGCCUCCCCAAGGACUGGCCGUUAUCUCCGAAAGCAGUCCAAAUGGCAUCAUGCCAAUUGGUAUGGGUCAUGGCACCAGUGGCAUUAUGCCAAUUGGCAUGGGUCAUGGCAACGCAGCCAAUGGCAUUAUGCCGAUUGGCAUUGGUCACAGUCAUGGCAGCGGAUCUAGUAUCAGGGCUUCCCCGCCAAUCGGCCUAGGCAGCAAGGCGGUUUCUUGGGAGGAGCAGCAACAGCUGCAACCAAGACAACUGCAGUCCCACUGCGGAGGCGGUUCCGCCACUUUCCGGCGUCGAUCGAGCGCGGCGGCGGCGGCGGCACGGCCUCCGCCCCAGGCGGCCACACCUCCCGCGCCACGCCGCACCAGUGUGCCGGGGCGCCGGCCUCACCCCACCUACGUGCACCAGGAUGAGUUGUGGCUGACUCAGCGAUCCUCCUCAUCCUCCCACUGCCGGCCCCGCUGUUUGCUCAAUAACUCUUCCCCUCCUGACGAUCGUAGGCCUACACCAUGUGUGAAAUUCGGCCUGGAUGUGAACUCAGUCCGCGAGGGUCAAGAGCCGAAACAGAUCAGCUGUCACACAGCUAGAGAAUUGUGGCAUGAUGAAAGAUUUUUCGAGGGCUCGGACGAGGAAGUGUCAGUGAUCCAGCGGUCUGUGUCAGAGCGGAGUCGCGACAAAUGCUGCGGUCACAACAGACCACUUAAGAAGCCGACUCCUGCGCAUGUCCAGAGCACGCCCAACGUGCUAGCCGGCGCCGUCUCCGAGGGCGAGCUACUAGAUCUGGCCAUUCUGCCAAUAUUUCAGAAACUGCUCACCGAGCGGCGCGGCGCUGCUAUCGCUUCCUGUCCCAACAUCGCUAUCAAGUGUGACAUUGUCGAAUACCUAUGAGAAACUACUCUUUUUUCGAUUGGUGUGUUGUGGAAAACUAGAAUCUUUUUCCAAUUGUUGUGUUGUGAGAAACUAGAAUCUUAUUUAAUUUUUGUGUUGUGAGAUACUAAACUCUUUUUUUAAUUCUUGUGUUGUGAAAACCCACUCUAUUUCUACUUUUAGGGCCGUUUGCACAGUCAAAGCUUGAAGCUGCGUUUACACCAUAGCUAUUAACAAAAUGUUAAUAGCUCAAUCAUUAUAAAUUCUAUUAGAUUGAACAUAACUUAUCAAACUAAUGAUGAACAUAAAAUGUGUUUGUCAAGUUCCGUUCAAUCUAAUACAAUCUAUAAGGAUUAAGUUAUUAACUUAUUAACUUUGGAGUAAAUGCAGAUUUAGGCUGUGCAAAGCCAGAAAAAACUUCUACUGAUGAUAUUUUUCCAUUUUUUUCGGUUUGUAUAUGGUACUAUAAAGAUAUCAAAAUGAAAAAGGUUUCUCAGGAUUUUUUUCCGGUAAUUACUUUUUGAGAUAUAAGGGCAUAAAGUUUAAAUUUUAGUGACAGGUCAUUUCAAAUUCAUGAUUUUUUUCGUUUCGUAUAGCCUACUAUAAAGCUAUCAAAAUUAAAAAGGUUUCUCUAGAAUCUUUUUUUCCGCACAUUACUUUCUGAGAUAUUUAUGAGGGCAUAAAGUUUAAAUUUUUGUGACAGGUCAUUUCAAAUUCAUGAAACUCAUGAAAUUUUUUUGGUUCGUAUAGCCUACUAUAAAGCUAUCAAAAUGAAAAAGGUUUCUCAAGAAUUUUUUUUCGGUAAUUACUUUUUGAGAUAUGAGGGCAUAAACUUUAAAUUUUUGUGACAGGUCAUUUCAAGUCCGGUAAGAGAAUGAAAUUCAUGAAAAUUAUAGUUUUAUUCAAUGAACAAUAGGCUAUCAUGAAGAGUUUACCCUAUACAUUUCAUGGAUUUAUCUCUCACCGAAUUUGAAAUGAUCGCUGUCCCAAAAAUUUAAAUUUUAUGCCCUCAUAUCUCAGAACAAAUAAUGAUCGGGAAAACAAUUUUUUCCUGAGAAAACUUCAUUUCUAUAGCUUGACAGUGGACAAAUCGAAAAACAUUGAAAAAUAAUAUCACCAGUGGAUAUGGAAGGCAUUUUUAUUAGCCUUUGCACAGCCUUAAUACUCUGAAUUUAAUCAGCUGGCGGCUUGGACUCGACAUGAACCACAUUAUAAGAAACGAGACUAUGUACUCUUUAUAAAUGGAUUCAAUCCAGUUUAAAAUGAGAUUUAGUUUAAACUUACACUGUGCAAACGGCACUAGGGUCGUUUUCUCCAGAAAAGUUGAACUCAAAUUGUAUAUUGUAGUGUGGUCCACGUUAUAAUGGCAGUAUUUGAUUGACAUAUUGGUUUUGCUAUCCCAGUCUAUCAUCAGGCAAAUCAGAUAAAGCUAUCCUUCUCUAGCUCUGCAACGUUCCCAAAUCUUGAACGUGGAAAUAGUUAAUUAAGAGAAUAUUUCAUCUCAUUUAUAGAAACAAAUUAUUUAGAGUGCCGGUUGUACAAAAUCUGGUUAAAUUUUAAUCGUGAAUAAUUUUAAGAAAACUGAUCAGAAGAAGCCUUCUUUUCAAAAAAUCCUUCUCCAAUAUUGGUUCUCAUGAAAUUAAUCAAGAUUAAAAUUCAAUCGGCUUCUGUGCAACUGGGCAUAAUCAUUGAAAAUGAUUU